GUCAGAGACGGUACCAUCCAGUGUCUUUAAAUCAGUGUGCACCGUGAUGGCGAGCAACCUAGAAUGGUGGCCACACUACAAACCAGACUGAUAGAAUUCCGUCUGUACCAAAGAAAGGACUAGACACGUCACACUAGUUACUAGUGUCCAAUCAAAAUACCCACUACAUGCCUACAGGAGCUCAAUCGCGAUCCCGAAUAGCUCAGUGUUAUUGUCUCUGCCUGCAGUACUCACUGGGUGACGGAGGUUUGAAUCUCAGAAGGCGAAUGAGUUCCUUCAAGCUGGUUGCAGAUACGCCUUGCUGACUGAUUUGUGAGUGCCGACUAGCAGGAAACCUAGGUCCCAGCAAGGCUUCCUGUGGGCGAUUGCCUUCAACUAUCUAAUGUCAUCAGAUUAUUUGUUUGUCAACUUUAAGGUGAUUGUAAACAGGUAGGCGAUAUCCUUGAAUUGGUAUUUCGUAUUUAUUCCCAGUCGUCAGUAAAAAAAGUCCAUAGAAACUUGAAGAACAACAUUAUUGCCCCUUAAAGACCACACUAUUAAGAUUGGUUGAUAUGCAGGGAAAUGAAUCAGUUAACAAAUGACAACAUCGUUCAGUAUUGCUUAUCCAUCCAUCAGGUAUAAAGACUUCUGAUUAAUUCUAAGAGCAGAUCUCACUACAAAUUGACACCAUUUAGGGAACCAUUGAAAUCUAUCGAGUAUAGGAUAUAAACUAAGAUUUCUAAGUCAUUGGAUUACAAACCAGAGGAGAUAAAGUAUUGGUGACUGUGGUUGAAAGAUGAUGUUUACCCUGGCAAAAUACUCUAAUCCUUAAAAUGCAUGCUUUUAUUCUUCUCUAACUUGUCUAUACAAAAUGUCUCUUAUUGCCAUUAUUCCGUAUACACAAUUACAAUUCUGUUUACUUUCUUUCCAUUUAGAAUUGCCAACGUGUACAGAAUGGGAAUAGUUUUACGGCAUAAAAGGCUACUCCGGUCCACUACUCGAUGCACAAAUUUUCUCUGCCUACAAUAUUCUACUGGAAUUUCACCUGCUGUAAAAAAUUACACACCUUUAAUUGGUUUGGAGAUACAUGCUCAGUUAGCGGUUAAAAGCAAGCUCUUCACCCCAACACCUUAUACAUUUGCAGCUCCUUCAAAUACCCAAUUAGGCUUGCAUGAUGUUGCAAUGCCUGGUAGUAUGCCAAUACUAAAUCGCCAGUGUCUUGAAUUGGGACUCGUUGCUUCAAUUGGAUUAAACUGUAAAAUCAAUAUGACGUCACGUUUUGACAGGAAGCAUUAUUUCUAUGCAGAUCUACCAGCUGGUUAUCAGAUAACUCAAUAUUAUAAACCAAUUGCUGAAUAUGGAUGUUUACAGUAUAUUUGGUCACCGAAUUCAUGGGAGACUAAAUCGCCUCCUUUGUAUACAGAAAUUGUGCACAGUAUCAAUGGUCAAAGUUACUAUCGUUCUCAAGCUCGUAUUAAAAGGAUACAGAUUGAACAGGACUCGGGCAAGACUUUACAGGAUGUCCAUGGUGAUUGUAGUUUAAUCGAUUUAAAUCGUUCAGAUGUUGGACUUAUUGAAAUAGUCACUGAACCGGAUUUUAAUUCAUCUGAUCAGACUGCUGCUUUCAUUACUGAUCUAUCACGGCUACUAAAACACUUAAAAUGUUGUAAUGCUAUUGGUGCAUUCGGAGAACUACGGGUUGAUGUCAAUGUAUCGAUUGGUGAAGAUGCAGCUAAUCAAAAUCCUCGAGUUGAAAUCAAAAAUUUAAAUAGUAUUCAUGAUGUGAUCAAUUCAAUAGACUAUGAAAUCAAGCGUCAAACGGAAGUACUUAAAACUGGUGGUCAAAUUGUUCAUGAAACUAGAUCUUAUGAUUCCGUGAACAAUGUUACCCUAAGAAUGCGAGUUAAGGAAUUGACACAGGAUUAUCGUUAUAUUCCAGAACCAAAUUUACCAGCUAUCAGAUUAUUGUCAAGCUGUUCUCAUUGUUCACCUAAUUCAUCAUCUUCACUUGAUGUUAAUCAUCUUCAUGUUGUCAGUCAAUCAUCCUCACCAGCAACUUCAUCAACAUCGUCAUCCGUCACCUCUUCUUCUGCUUCUACGCUAUCUUCUUCAAAGAAUAAAGUUUGUGUCCAAUGUAUAAAAGAAAAGUAUCAAUUACACUCUGUUCAUUGGGAAGCAAAUUUCCCUCAGUAUAAAAAACAAGAGUUAUUACUUCAGCAUGCCCUGUCUAUGGAUCGUACAAUUGUAUUAAUUGAAAAUCCUGAUUUAUAUACGCUGUAUAAAUCCACGUUAAAGUAUUUAUCUGAUGUUAAUGUUAAUGCUAAUGUAAAUAGACAAGAAGAGAAUUUCCACUGGUUAAUUUAUGCUAAAGAAUUAAGCUUUUGGAUUAGUGGACAUUUACAUGGUUCAAUGAAACAUAAAACAUUGAAACAUCUACCGAAAAUAGAAGAAUUAGCUGAAUUUGUAUAUAUGAAUUUAACAGGACAGAUUUUCGGUCCACCAGCAGUUGAGCUGUUAAAUCUACUAACUCAAAGUGAUGAAAGUAUUCAUCAUUCAGUCUUUGAAUUGGCUGCCAAAAAUGAUUUACUUCUAAUCCGUGAUCGAGAUCAAAUGAAGGCGUACUGUGAACAAGUGAUUGCAGAUCAUCCAAAAUUGGUAAAACAAUACUUGAAUGGAAAAAAGAAAGCUUUGAAGAAGCUUGUUCAGCAUUUAAUCUCUAAUCCAAAAUAUACAGAUUCGAAUAAAUUUAAUCCUUCAAUUGUUGAAAAUAUACUGAAAGAACUUCUUCUUGGUAUUGGUGUUGAUGUUGCUGCAGCUGAGUCGUCUUCAUCGAUUAGUUGUGAUUCCUCAUUAUCAUCCUCUCCACAGGUCACUGUCAAGAAGGCCUAA